AUGAUCAAGGCCUAUUACCGCUCUACCACUAUGCGAGUUCUGGUCAGCAACAAUCUUUUCCAACCGUUCGGUAUUCGUUCUGGCGUUCGAGAGGGUUGUAUCCUGUCGCCCAUCCUGUUCUACUACGCUAUUGACUGGAUUCUCGGGCGGACCCUACACGAAGGUGACGAUGUUGAGUUUGUACCCGGACACCGACUGACUGAUCUCAACUAUGCCGAUGACAUCGCCUUACUUGCCUCAGGUGUCAAGGGUGAACGGGGUCGCUAA